AUGGCUUCCCAACGUCUGCUUCUCUUCGUUCUGCUCGCUACCAGUGUGGCAGUGGCCCUGUCCGCGAAAUCAGCCAAACACGUUAUCAUCGGCGUCAGACAGCCAGGCGAUCAUCUCGCAAGACGUGAAUUUGUGAAGAAAGAUUCCUCGUGGCUGCAAGUUGUCAAGCUUCAGCAAACGUUCGGCGUUGACUACGGAAAAAUCACUCAUGUCAAGCUUCUCGAUCAAAACCUGAAAGGAAAAGGAGCCACCGCUAAUGUACUCGCUGGUGGACUAGGAUAUUCCUACAUCACUGUGCACUUCAAGAGCAAAAGGUCACACAGCAUCAACUACAUCGUAGAAAUUUACGCGAGAUAA